AUGGAGGUGUCUUUAUCCAGGGCUUGCUUGUGGUGGCUCACACAUGUCUAGCCAGGAGUUGCCCUCGCCAGCGAAAGGCACAGAGGCGUUUCCUCUCGAGAUCUUGCUCUUGGGUCCGAAUGGCACGGGGAAAUCUGCAGUGGCUGUGCAAAUUCUCUGCAAGUGGGGGGGCCUGUCGCCCCAGGUGAAGCAGACACUCCAGGAACAGAUGAAUCCGGCCCAUGCCCAGCUGCUGGCAUCCCUCCAAAGGCCCCAGGCGGGGGCCCCCUGGCGCCACUACGAGAGCCCCAAGUUCGUGGUCAGCAUUGCCACCUCUUCCAAGUGCAGCUUCUUGCCACGUGUGUCUCGGCCUGUCUGCGUGCUGCUGCUGGUCUCGGCCGCCGCAAGGGACUUGGAAGCCAACUGGAGGCUGCUCAAGAAGCAGAUCUCCUUCGCCUGCCGCCUGCCCACGCAGCAGCUCGUGCUCGGCUGUGAACAAGAUGGACGCCACCAGCCCGCCGUACAGUGGCCAGCGCUACGCAGCCAUCGUCGGCAAGGUCUCUGCUCAUCUCUGGCGUUUGGGAAGGAACCCCAGCAACGUGGUCUUUCUCCCCAUCUCAGCCAUGCAGGGUGACAACAUGCAGGGCGCCAGCCGGGAAAUGCCCUGGUUCGGGGGCUGGGAGAUCUGGGAGGACAGCGGAGGGACCCUCCAAGGCAUGACUCUCCGGCAGCUUCUGGAAGCCUUCCUUAUAAAUCACAAGCUGGAUUUUUGCAGCGCAGGAGGAGGGCCCCAGAGAAGUGCAGAGGGAAGCGGAGACCGCCCCGCCCUGCCCUCGUGCCUCAGGAGCCCCACUGGCCAGAGGGACCGCGACCCAGACUGCCUUCUCACCGGACUGGAGCUCCAGCCAUGCCAAAGGAUUGUUUGUCAGGCUGGUGGCCCAGCAAAGCCAGGGGCAAAGGAUGUGGCUGCCUCAGAGGGCUACCGAUGUGUGGUGUACCGAAUGGGUUCUUUCGCCAUGAAACGAGAGCAGCCGGAAGUAGCCGGGAGACCCCAACCCAGGCUGGACAUGCCCCCGCCCCUCCUGGCAGCUCCCCCUUUGCCGCCUUCUGCGGCUGAACACCCCGCACUGCUCCCCACCCCUGAGGCUUGCCAGCUGGUUCCGUAUCCCUCGCCUCCUCCCCCCGCCCUGUUCCCUUCCCCAUGGAGCCCCCCACACCCUCUUCAGGUGCCCCUCUGGCAGGAGGGCAGCCCUGGCCUGGGUUUCCCCACAGCCCCCCCAGGGCCAGCUCUACUCCUCGUCCCAGUCACUCCGGUGGUCGUCUGUGGCGUCCCUUCUGGAUCGGCAGAGGCCUUGCCCUGGCAGUGCCCGGAGGCCUCUUUUGAGCUGGAGGAGCUCCAGUCGCCCUCCUCCACCGGUGACACAGCCCCUCAGGAGGACGAAUCGUACUCAGCUGCUGCUCUAGCCCUCUUGCUCACUCAGGAGGUUCUGGAGCCAGACCCUCCGCUUCCUCACGCUGCCUCCCCCUGGGAGCUGGAGGAGGUCCAAGAGCUGCCCUCGGCUACCAAAGAAGACUCCAAGCCCCCCUCGCUGCCCGAGGCCCCUCAGGAGAGUUGUCUGGGCCUUUCUGCCACAACCCUCCUCUCCUCCUUGGCUUGGCUGGCCGCUGAGGAGGACUUGCCGGCAGCCUGCCCCCCAGGGGCUCCCCUGCAGUGCCUCUCCCCACCCCUUUCCGCUGACCCAUCUCCCCAGCUGCAGUGUCUUCUCGGUGGCAGCCCCGGUCUCCCGUCCCCGCCACGGCCGCAGCUGCCCCCAGCUGACUCCUGACGGUGGCAGCCACCCUCGCCUUUGCCUUGCCCUCUGCUGCCUUGGUGGGGAGCACCGGAACCAACAGUCCUGCUGGCAGGCUGCUUCUGUUGGCCUCUCCUUGUGCCUGGGCUGCUUUGAGAGACUGGGGUGGGUGGGGGUGGGAUGGGGGAGGGGUUUUUUUUAUGAGAUGCCCCACUGGGAACUGUCUGCUUUUGUACCUUGUUCUGGCUUCUAAUCCUUUCAAGCCGUGUUCCGGCUUUUAAUCAAUAAAAGUUCCUGGUGCUGACUUUCUA